AUGGCCUUCCUCUGGAUCGUCUCCUGCCUCGCCUUUGUCAGCGCUGCCUACGGCUGUGGCACCCCUGCCAUCCCUCCCCGGGUCACUGGCUAUGCCCGCAUUGUCAACGGUGAGGAGGCAGUGCCUCACUCCUGGCCCUGACAGGUGUCUCUGCAGCAAACCAACGGCUUCCACUUCUGUGGAGGAUCUCUGAUCAGCGAGCAGUGGGUGGUGACUGCUGCUCACUGUAACGUCAGGACCUACCACAAUGUGAUUGUUGGAGAGCACAAUAAGGGUUAUGGCUCCACUGAAAACAUCCAGGUGCUGAAGCCCGCCAAGGUCUUCACUCACCCCAGCUGGAACCCCCAAACCAUCAACAAUGAUAUCACCCUGAUCAAGCUGGCCAGCCCUGCUCGCCUGGGCACCAACGUGUCUCCCGUCUGCCUUGCCGACACUACCGACAGCUUCGCUGCUGGCAUGAAAUGCGUCACUACCGGCUGGGAUCUGACUCGUUACAACACUCCCAGUACUCCCAAUAACCUACAGCAGGCCGCCCUGCCUCUGCUGUCCAACGCGGAGUGCAAGAAACACUGGGGCAGCAACAUCUCUGACGUCAUGAUCCGUGCCGGUGGAGCUGGUGCCACUUCCUGCAUGGGUGACUCUGGCGGACCUCUGGUCUGUCAAAAGGACAACGUGUGGACUCUGGUUGGUAUCGUAUCUUGGGGAAGCAGCCGCUGCUCCACCUCCACUCCUGCUGUCUACGCCCGAGUCACCCAGCUCCGUGGGUGGGUCGACCAGAUCCUGGCUUCCAACUAAAAGCUAAACAGCUAAACCUCCUCCACCAGGGACACCCACAAACCCCAUAAGACCCCAGAAGUGUGACAUCAGAGUGUGGACCCAGGUCAUCGAUGAUA